CUUUUUAAAUUAUCAGAAAAUCCUAAGCUUAUUAUAAUUAGUAAAUUAUAUAACUAACAGUAUUUCUGUUUUCAUAUUCCAUUUCUAUUUCCUUUUCAAUUCAGAGGAAUUAAAGAGAAUAUGUUCAUUUUAUAGAGCAGAGUUUGGCCAACUAUGGCCCACAGACUGAAUCUGGCCCACAAGUAUGGGCUUUAUCAGAUAAUGCUUUAUCAGAUCACAACCACUCAUAUCCGUUUAUGUGUGUAUUAUUUAUGGGUGCUUUCUGCUACAACAGCAGAAUUAAGUCAGAGUAAGAGAAAUCAUAUGGUCCACUAAGCCUAACAUAUUUACUCUUCUGCCCUUAGAGAAAAAUUUCGCUGUCAUUCUAAUAGAGGAAAAGUUUAAAACCAAACAUUGAAAACUUAGGAAAAUGAUUAGACUACUGGCAGGCUUGAGAAAGCACUGCUGUUUUGAACAUUUCUUUGCCUUCAAAAUCUAAAAAUGUCAAUUUUCAGAUCUAAUUUAAUUAGAUCUAAUUUAUGUUAGUUUAAGAUCUAAUCCCAAAUAAUAAGUUCCAGAUAAGUUACAAAGAAUAUGCUUUUUCCCCCCAAAUAAAAAACAACUUUGCACUUUGUUUAGUGCUGCAUGUAUGUCAGGCAAUGGGGAGGAACUAGAGAGGUGAAGUCAUAAAUCCUGCCCUUGAAGGAAUUAAGGAGGUAAAAUAGAAAUGAGGAGUCCCCCCCAUCUUGUAAGUAUGACAUUUCAAGUAAUGACUUUUUUCUUUUUCUUAGAGACUGCUGUUAUACAGAAGAGGAUGUAACUUUCAGAAUAAUCCUGAAUGAGGAGAAUGAGUCCAGAUGUGCCUCUGCUGAAUGAUUACAAACAGGACUUCUUUCUGAAGCGCUUUCCACAGACCGUGCUUGGAGGCCCUCGAUUCAAAUUAGGCUAUUGUGCCCCUCCUUACAUAUAUGUUAAUCAAAUUAUCCUUUUCCUGAUACCAUGGGUUUGGGGUGGAUUAGGGACACUUUUGUAUCAAUUAGGGAUUUUGGAAGACUAUUACACAGCAGCACUUUCAGGUGGACUAAUGCUUUUCACUGCAUUGAUCAUCCAGUUCACAAGUUUAUAUGCCAGGAACAAAUCAGUGACCGUAGAAAGAAUGCUAACCACAGAUAUCUUAGCAGAGGAAGAUGAACAUGAAUUUACAAGUUGUGCUGGUGCUGAGACUAUCAAAUUUCUAAUUCCUGGCAAGAAAUAUAUAGCCAAUACGGUUUUUCACUCUUUUCUUGCUGGGUUAGUGUGUGGUCUUGGAACAUGGUAUCUGCUCCCGAAUAGAAUAUCCCUGCUGUAUGGCAGCGCAGGAGGUGCCGUUCUGCUGUUUGUCUUCGGAUGGGUGACAUUAUGUAUAGGAGAAUAUUCAUUAAUUGUAAACACAGCUGCAGAGACUGCCACUUUCCAAGCCCAGGAUACUUACGAAAUCACUCCUCUUAUGAGACCUCUUUAUAUUUUUUUCUUUGUUUCUGUAGAUCUUGCUCACAGGUUUGUGGCAAAUAUACCAGCUCUAGAACAAAUAAAUCAGAUUUUACACAUCGUGUUUAUAUUUUUACCCUUUCUGUGGGCACUUGGGAUUCUGCCCCCACCUGAUGCAUUUUUCUUAUGGGCAAUGGAGCAGGUUUUAGAGUUUGGCCUUGGAGGCUCAUCCAUGUCAACCCACUUACGGUUAUUAAUAAUGUUCAUCAUUUCUGCUGGAACAGCGGUCACAGCGUAUUUCAUUCCCAGCACUGUUGGUGUGGUUCUUUUCAUGACUGGACUUGGACUCUUACUGAGCCUUAACCUAAGUGACAUGGGCUUUUUCUUCAAACACAGUGUGACUGGACACAGAGUUGGAACCAAAUCUAAGGCUUUACCCAGUGGAUCAGAAAAACAGUUUACUUGGAAGGAAUGCCUUUUCUAUAUUAUUGUAUUAGUCUUGGCUCUCAUAGAAACUAGUUUACUGCAUCAUUUUGCUGGUUUCUCACAGAUUUCCCAAAACAGUCCUCAGUCUAUUAUUGGCUAUAUUUUGAUGAUAUUGCUUAUAAUACUGUGGCUACUUAGAGAAAUUCAGAGUGUCUAUAUCUUUGGAAUUUUCCAAAACCCUUUCUAUCCAAAGGAUGUGCAAACUGUGACUUUAUUCUUAGAGAAGCAAAGAAGGCUUAUGAAGAUUGGUGUUAUCAGAUGGAUUUUGCUAAAUCUAGUGUCACCUUUCGCUAUGAUAGCAUUUCUUUCAUUGGACAGUUCCUUACAAGGUCUCCACUCUGUGUCUGUCUCCAUUGGGUUUACAAGAGCUUUUAGAAUGGUGUGGCAGAGUACAGAAAAUGCUUUAUUGGAGAUAGUCAUCGUUUCAGCAGUGCACUUAUUGAUCUCCAGUACAGAUGUGUGGUGGAACAGAAGCCUGGAUACAGGAAUCAGACUCUUACUAGUCGGUAUCCUGCGUGAUCGUCUGAUUCAGUUCGUCUCUAAACUGCGGUUUGCUGUGACCAUACUUUUAGCCUCGUGGACUGAGAAGAAACGUCGCAAGUCCACCACCACUUUAUGUAUACUCAGCACUGUCUUCUCUCCAUUCGUGUUGGUCUUCAUAGUUUUUUCAACACUACUCUCCUCUCCAUUACUCCCCCUUUUCACCCUUCCUUUAUUUUUGGUGGGCUUUCCCCGACCUGUUCAGAGCUGGCCAGGAACAGUUGGUAGCACAGCCUGUGUGUGUGCAGAUACAGUAUACUACCACCAGAUGGUCCCCCGUUUGACCACUGCGCUGCGGUCUGCAAUGGCAGCUGGAAGUUUAGGUCUCCUCUUACCUGGGUCUCAUUACUUGGGCCGUUUUCAGGAUCGUUUAAUAUGGAUAAUGAUUCUAGAAUGUGGCUAUACUUACUGCUGUAUUAACAUUAAGGGCUUAGAAUUGCAAGAGACAUCUUGUCAUACUGCUGAAGCUCAAAGAGUUGAUGAAGUUUUUCAAAGUGCCUUUGAACAAGAAUAUGCAAGAGUAUGUUCUGUUAAUGAACACUUUGGAAAUGUCUUGACACCCUGUACUCUUUUGCCAGUAAAACUCUACUCUGAUGCCAGGAAUGUUCUUUCUGGCAUAAUCGAUUCUCAUGAUAACUUAAAAGAAUUUAAAGGCGACCUUAUUAAGGUACUUGUGUGGCUGCUUCUUCAACACUGCUCCAGAAGGCCCAGCAUGCAGGAGGGUGUUCACAAAACUGAAAAUAAAGGGAAAGAAUCUCUAAUAAUCCUGCCUGUUUUGAAUACUUCACCACAAACCCAAUCCUCAGAAGACACAGAUAGUUCAAAUUCAGAAAUUUUGGAUGACUGGUCUGACGAUAAUGUUUUUGGUGAUGAGCCAGCCAUCAAAAAAGGAAAAGAAGAAAAAGAUCAAUUAAAAGUUGUACCAGGUAUAAAUUUGCCUAUUCCAGGGUCAGUAGAAUCACAGGGGGUUGGUGAUCAUUCAAUAAGCACAGUUCCUGAAAAUAAUCUUUACAAAGCAGUUAUAUUGGGAUACCCUGUUGUUGACAAAGGAAAACAAAAAGACAUGGCAUAUAUCCCUCUCAUGGAGUUCAGUUGUUCUCAUUCUCACUUGUUAAGCUUACCUGAAGAGUGGACAUCUAAUUGUUUGCCUAACUCCAAAAUGAGAGAGAUGAGCUCAUUAUUUCCAGAAGAGUGGUACCAGUUUGUUUUAAGGCAGUUGGAAUGUUUUCAUUCAGAAGAAAAUGCCUCAAGUGUACUGGAAGAAAUCACCAAGGACAGAGUUUUAAAAGACUUUUAUGUUCGUGCAGUAAUGACUUGUUGUUUUAGUUUAUUUGGAGUAGAUACUAUGGUUCCCAGUCCCGGUCACAUAUUAAGAGUUUAUAGUGGUGUUUUGCCUUGGUCCCUUGCCUUGGAUUGGCUCACAGAAAAGCCAGAACUGUUCCAACUAGCACUGAAAGCUUUCAGGUAUACUCUGAAACUCAUGAUUGAUAAAGCAAGUUUAGGUCCAAUAGAAGACUUUAAAGAGCUGACUAACUGCCUUGAAGAGUAUGAAACUGACUGGUACAUUGGUUUGGUAUCUGAUGAAAAGUGGAAGGAAGCAAUUUUACAAGAAAAACCAUACUUGUUUUCUCUGGGGUAUGACGCUAAUAUGGGAGUUUACACUGGGAGAGUACUUAGCCUUCAAGAAUUGUUGGUCCAAGUUGGGAAGUUAAAUGCUGAAGCUGUUAGAGGCCAGUGGGCCAAUCUUUCCUGGGAAUUGCUUUAUGCCACGAACGACGAUGAAGAACGAUACAGUAUCCAAGCUCAUCCACUACUUUUAAGAAACCUUACAGUACAAGCAGCUGACCCGCCCCUGGGAUAUCCAGUUUAUUCUUCAAAACCUCUCCACAUACACUUGUAUUAGAGUCCAUUUUGACUUGUAAAUGUAUUGUCAUCAAAUGAGAUGUGUUUUCUUUUUUUCUAUUCUGGAAAAGUAACAAUGUGAUUCCUCGUAACUUCACUGAACUUCUCUCUUACAAGUCAGGUGCCUGAGAAAAGCUAAGCUCUGUAAAGUUGAUUCUCUUAGCUAUCUUAGUGGUUACGAAAACAAACGUUGUCUAACAUAAAAGUUUGCGCCCUGUGGAUUGUGGUAGGCUUUAGCAAAUAUAAAACAUUUGUAUAAGAUUCGAUAAUGAAGUUUUUAAUGCUUUGUUAAAUAUGUGACAGGGACUUGCCUUACAGAAGUCAACACCUUUGUCAUGUUUAUGUACUUAGAGAAGAUACACAUACAUGUCAGUGUUUUAAGGCAAUGAUAAUGGAUCCUAUUGAAGGCUGUAAAAUGUAUAUAUAUUUAUUUGAAAUAUUAAACUUUAUAGUAUUUUCAAACUUCA